GCAGCCAGUGGGAGCUGCGAUCGGCCGACCCUGCUGAUGUGGCAGGUAAACAAACCGGUCCGGCCCACCAAGGGCUUUCCCUGAACAAGCAGUGGACUGGCUUUGAGAACCAGUUGUCUAGAACAUACCCAGUGUUGCUCCUGGAGUCAAAGUGACAUUGGUAUUUUAGGAAAAUCAAAUUUGGUAUACUGACACCUGUCAGAAAUCUGCAGAUUGCAAGUAAUCAGCUGUGUAAUGCUGUCUAGGAGGGAGGGAAUUCCAUAAAGCACAAGGUUUUAUUAUCCUUACAGUAAUAUGUUUGGGCAUAACAAUACAAACUAGUGAUGGAUUCUCUGCAUUUUGGUCAGUUGGCCAUUGGAGGAACCAUACCUCUUUGUCUUUAUGGCCGCUUUGUAGAAGGGGGAACAACUAGAAGAAUUGGCUAUGUCUGCUCGUGUUAAUAAGAGAAAUAUAGUGCAAACGUAGGGUUUGAUGGUUUGUCUCAUCUGUUACCUUUUUCAAAUACUGAGGCAAAAUGGGAGUGAGGGAGCCUCAAUGGUAUGCUAUGGCAUCAUCUGGCUCCUUUAGACGUCUACGGAUAGAGCCAGAGCACAGAACCUUGACUGAGUUUUACCUUAAGUUUAGUUUUAAAUUAAAUUAAGUUUUUUAUUAAUAGUACUAGAUAUGGAAGAGAGAUGGAUUACUUGGCAAAGUUUUGAGUCUCUAUAAUGAUUGCUCUUGGCAAACGGUAAUUAUUUCCAACCCAUGGAUGAAAAAAAUAGCAGUUAUACCUCUUGGGCACAGGAGAAGAUAGUGGCACUAUGUCAUUUGAGGGACAAUGGUGCUGUGGUUCCAGUCAUUGCUUUGCCCUAUAACUGGUACAGUUACUUUAAAUGUUGUCUUAGGUCUUCUGGUUGGUGUAUGAGGACCGGGAGUUGAGACUCCUGAGUUCAGUUCCUGGUGCUGUCAUUGACUGACCAAGUGACCAUGAUGUCAAGUCGCUCUACCUCUAAGGCUCAAGUCUUAGAUAUCCAACUCCAUGGCAAACUGGAUCUAAAUUGUGCUUUGAGGUCCCAAGAUUCUGCAGUGCUCCAGUGUGGCAGAUUGGAAAGUCUGCAGCAUCUGCAUUUCAGCUACAAAAUGUAGACUUCUAAUAAAUGAGAUUAACUAGUACAGUCAUUAUAGUGGUGCAUGUUUAUUUUUAUAUUAAAGUAAUUUUAUGUUAUCACAGUUUCAGUUCUUCAUGGAUUUUGCAUCGCAUAAUUGCAUGAUAGAAGUUGUUAGGAGGGAAGAUGGAGGUUUUGGAAAAUAGGUGAGGCACAACUAGGGCUUUUGACAUCCAACAAGUGAUGAGAAGCAUUUUGAGAUUGUGGAAUAAGUACCUUAGUUGGUUGUUUCUCUUCAAAUGAUCAAUAGUAAAAUUAAGAAGUGACAUUUUAAAUUUUAAUCUGUUUCAGAAUUAACUCUGAGAUGAGUGAAGUAUUCAUCUUUCAGAACCAUAGUCUCAGGCAGUUGCAGACUGAGGAAGACACUGUCAUGUUUUCAUGGUGGUUUUCACAGUCAUGAGAGCUAGAAGCUUCUAAAUGACAGAUUACAUUUUGAAGCACAAUCUCUGGCUGCGGAACUGAAAAGUACAUAGUUCCUGAUUAUAGCUGUUUACUUCUUAGGUUUUGUCUACUGGGAAAAUGAGUUGUGGUUUUAGAAAAAACCUCAACCUGGCAUGAACUAGUAUGUUUUAAUUAGCAUGUUGCUAAACACUAUUUACCAGUUCAGGUAGAUUCAUGUUUUUUAAAAGGGUUAGCUGGUUGCCAUUAGUCAUGACCCUAACGGUCAACCUUAGGGGUCAUGGCUAACGGACGAACUUGUUUUUAAACAUUAUGUGGUGCGUUUGACAGCUUGCUAAUUAAAGCAUUUAAAUUGAUAUGUUUUUAAACAUAACUCAUUUUCCUAGUAUAGACAACCUAAGAGUUGUAUUAAGGCAUGUAAAAGACCUUUGUGAUCCUUUCAUGAAAAGCUCAGUGUAAGGUUAAAGUAUGGUUAUUAUUAACACUUAAUUAUGGAUCCCUAAUACAACAGAUGCUUUAAAAUUCUCCUUUUUGAGAAAAAGUUAAACUGUAUUAACUAUUAAAAGCUAAUGAGUAACCUGGUACAAAAUUAUAUUUUAAAAUGCUUGAAAACUUUUAAAAAGAGAUGAACACAAAAAUGCACAUGGAUCUGACUAACUUGUCUCCCUGUAUGCUUGAAUGUGUUUGCUUCAACCAACUAUGCAUUACAAUUUGUUAAAAUUUGUACCACUAAAUUUAUCUUUGGAAAUAAAUCUUCUAAUGACAGCCUGCGGUCAAGAGUUAAUAUUUGUGGCCAAGUUAAAACGAAAGCUGGCCCUUUAACUAGAACUGACCUGUUAGACACAGUUAGAAUGGCAGACGUAUAUUUAAGCGGAACAGAAGUUUUUUUUUUUCCUCUGAUAGCUGCUCAAUAGAUUUGAGAAAUUUAAAAAAAAAAAAAAAAAAAAAAAAGCAGCUUCUUUACGUGUUAAAAAUAUUUUCUGCCUACAAGUGAAGGAUACAAUAAGCCAAUGGAUGAAGGUUUUGUUACAGUAAUAACAAGAGAAGACAGCUCUAUUUGCUAACAGGAUGCCAAACUUCCAAAGUAGAAUUUGGUGCAUUGCUGGGACCUCCUUUGCUACAGAGAAGAUGACUUAUCAUGAUUCUGUGGUAUUAAUUAGGUGCCCAUCGCUUUUACAUACCUGUAGGAUCAGGAAUCAGAUUGGUUGUUGGCUAGGAUAGGCUACCUUUCCAAGCUCCACUCACAAAAUAAGUCCUGUUCACUUCAGAUGUUGCUCUCAAUAGACUGUGCAGAUGUUCAGAAUAUAAUCACACCUGCUUUCCGGGUUGCUGGAAUUUGGCUUCCUUUCAGUGUGGUCUGAAUACGUCACACCCAUGGCAUUGUUGUGUUCCUUAAGGCUUGGCUCCCUCUUGGUGGUGCUCAUUUUUGAGUGGGAGGUUGUAGUAAUAGUACUUUCCAAAGCCCACCCAUUCGUGCUGUCAAAAUGAACUAUCCCUCAGAGUAGAUUUUGUAGAUCUUCACAAUAUAUUUCCUCUUCUUACGUGAUUUGACUGAGCUGUGAAAUAGCAAAUAAUGAAGACACUUAAAGUAGAGACAUCUCAGUAAAUAUAUAUACUGAGAUGAAAGGGAUAGUUUACACCUCUCAGCUAUUGUUUCAGACUCUUUGCAAACUUGGGCAGAUAUUACUGCAUUAGUUAGAUUUGAUUCAUGUUUUUUGACAUGUUUACAACUGAAACAGCUCAUGGGCUUUUUUCUGUACAACAAGAAGGCAUCUUGCGAGAGAACCAUUACAGUGUUGGGCCUUGCAUAGGAUUGAUGGAAGUUAAGUACUUAUUUGUCAGGUAGUUUUGACAUGGAGGAAGUAGGUAUGUUGUUGCUAUAAAUGAAGAUACUCAUUAACAAUGCAAAUCAGCUUCUUGGCUUGGUUUUUAAGUUAACAUUCGACUCUGAUGAUCUUUAAGAUCAUUUUGAGAAGAUGCCAUUUUUGAGAGUAAACCUUUUUUAUACAUACUCCAAAGAAACCUACAUGUUAAUAUGCCCUAACUAGGGAUAAAUAUUUUUGGAGUUCAUUUCACCUCAGUUUUAGCGAGGUUUCGUCUCUUUGCCUCAGUUGAUAUGAGGGGACUACAUUGUUAAUAGGCAUUCAGAUACCACUGUGAUGAGUGCAGUGGGAAAAACAGUUAUUUAGAAAAGGGUUAAUCAUUUUGUCGCUCCUUAGAUUAUGGUGUGAUGGAUCUGUUUUUUUCAGCCCUUUCAUUCCUGUGAUCGUUUUGUUUCUAAAUCCAUAUUUAUAUUUUUAUAAUAACACAGCAAAGCAUAUUCUUAAAUAUUUGAUUCACUAAGUUUUAGUUUGAAGUGUUUUGGGAUGUAGUGUCAAAGGUGCAGAAGUAUAAUGUAUAUUAAUUCUGACUCAACCAUUUGCUUGCGACUAUCCACUCUAUGGAACAUUCUCCAGAUAUAUUUUCAGUGGACUGUGUUUGUGGGUUUUUGUAAUUGUCUUUAAACUGAUUGGAGUACUGGAAAUCUGUGCAUGAGGGAAUUUCCGCACUUUCUGUGGAUUUAGCGUUUGUGGUACUGGUAUUCCUGUGUUCUGUGCAAAUUUUAAGGUUUCAUUCUAAAAGCAAAUAAAGUUUCUACCUCUUCUGGUUAUGAAGAGAAUCUUUGAAAUGUAAACUGAUACAGGGCUCUCUCAUCCUUAGCCUGCAGGUGAACUGAAACAGUGUCUGAAAGAUGUGAAGGGCUGCAUUCGUAUAAAUGUAGUGAUUCCUGAAAGCUAAUGUCAGCUUCUUCAUUGCUGAUCACUUUACCAGAAACAUCCCAUCCUUCUGAACCUAUGGGUGCAGCCUGAAUACUACUACUUUUAUUCUAUUCAGAGUUCAGAUGAUAGAACCACUCAUGAGUUCUUGUUUGGUGCCCUUGCUGAGCUUGUAGAUAAUGCCAGAGAUGCUGAUGCCACGAGAAUAGAUAUUUAUAUAGAAAGACGGGAGGACCUGAGAGGUGGCUUCAUGCUAUGUUUUUUGGAUGAUGGAGCAGGAAUGGAUUCAAGUGACGCUGCAAGUGUGAUUCAGUUUGGUAAAUCGUCCAAACGAUCACCAGAGUCUACUCAAAUUGGGCAGUAUGGGAACGGCUUGAAAUCGGGUUCCAUGCGGAUUGGGAAGGAUUUUAUCCUCUUCACUAAGAAAGACACCACCAUGACCUGCCUUUUCCUGUCGCGCACAUUUCACGAGGAAGAAGGCAUCGAUGAGGUGAUUGUCCCGCUGCCCACCUGGAACACACGUACCCAGGAGCCCAUGACCGACAACAUGGAGAAAUUUUCUAUUGAGACUGAGCUCAUUUACAAGUAUUCCCCCUUCAAGUCGGAACAAGAGGUGAUGGAGCAGUUUAAGAAAAUCCCUGGGGAGAAGGGGACCUUGGUGAUUAUCUUUAAUCUCAAACUGAUGGAUAAUGGGGAGCCAGAGCUGGAUGUGACCUCCGACCCCCGAGAUAUCCAGAUGGCAGAAACACCCCCUGAAGGAACGAAGCCAGAGCGUCGUUCCUUCCGUGCCUAUGCUGCUGUCCUUUAUAUUGAUCCCAGAAUGAGGAUCUUCAUCCAUGGACACAAAGUGCAAACCAAGCGACUUUCCUGCUGCCUCUACAAGCCCAGGAUGUAUAAAUACACUUCAAACCGCUUCAAGACCCGUGCGGAGCAGGAAGUGAAGAAAGCAGAGCACAUGGCUCGGAUAGCGGAGGAGAAGGCUCGAGAGGCAGAGAGUAAAGCCCGUGCACUAGAACUUCGCCUGGGCGGGGAUCUCACACGAGACUCCAGGGUGACUCUAAGGCAAGUCCAGAACACAGCCAUAACCAUGCGUAGAGAGGCUGAUGUCAAGCGGCGGAUCAAGGAGGCAAAGCAGCGGGCACUGAAGGAGCCUAAAGAGUUGAACUUCAUCUUCGGGGUGAAUAUCGAACAGCGGGAUUUGGAUGGCAUGUUCAUCUAUAACUGCAGUCGGCUGAUUAAGAUGUAUGAGAAGGUUGGCCCACAGCUGGAGGGUGGCAUGGCAUGUGGUGGAGUGGUAGGAGUGGUGGACAUACCCUACUUGGUUCUGGAGCCCACCCACAAUAAACAGGACUUUGCAGAUGCUAAAGAGUAUCGACACUUGCUGAGGGCGAUGGGGGACCACUUGGCUCAGUACUGGAAGGAUGUUGCUAUUGCCCAGAGAGGUAUAAUCAAGUUUUGGGAUGAAUUUGGCUAUUUAUCAGCAAACUGGAACCAACCUCCCUCAAGUGACCUGCGCUACAAACGCCGACGAGCCAUGGAGAUCCCCACCACAAUUCAGUGCGAUAUGUGUUUGAAAUGGCGGACCCUCCCAUUCCAGCUGAGCUCCGUGGAGAAGGAAUACCCGGAUACUUGGGUGUGCUCCAUGAACCCUGACCCUGAGCAGGAUAGGUGUGAAGCUUCAGAGCAGAAGCAGAAGGUACCCCUGGGAACACUGAAAAAGGACUUCAGAUCACAAGAGGAGAAGCAGAAGCAGCUGACGGAGAAAAUUCGCCAGCAGCAGGAGAAACUGGAGGCUUUGCAGAAAACGACUCCAAUCCGGUCCCAAGCUGACCUGAAGAAAUUACCUCUGGAAGUGACCACACGGCCUGUCGUGGAGGACUCCCAAUCACUGAGCAGACCUCAACGCCCGCGAUCUCCUCCUUUACCCGAUGUAAUUAAAAAUGCUCCCAGCAGGCCGCCGCCUCCCCCCAAGUCCAUCAGCCAACUGCGAAAGGCCCCCCUGGCUCGGCCAGCCAUCAGCGCCCCCAAACUGGCAAGUGUGCUGUCCAGGGAGGAAGCUAGUACUUCCAGGACACAGCAGCAUAUCGUGACUGUGGGAAAGUCCAACAGCACAGUUGUCAGGACUCCUGCCAAACCGAUCCAUGUUGGGAGGCCACCCCCCAUGCUUCUGCAGAACUCCAUGAGCCAGCGUGAGACUCCCAGCUCCAAAAUUAUAAAGACACCGGUGCUGAAAAAACCUGCAGCACUCAAACCUCCACAGCAGGCCUCCAGCAUCCGCAAGAGGACAUUUAACACCAUGGAGGAUGGAGCUGAGGAGGAAGCGGAGCAGAAGAAGGAGAAAACGAAACGGGGCAAAUUAGUGGUAGUGAAAGAGGAGAAGAAGGACUCAAACGAGGUGGUGGUUGAGCUCACAGACAGUGCAGGGGAGGAGGAGCUAGCAGAUCUGAAAAGAGCCCAAAAAGACAAAGGGCUGCAUGUGGAGGUACGAGUGAACAAGGAAUGGUUCACAGGCCGUGUCACAGCUGUGGAGAUGGGCAAGCAUGCCAUACGCUGGAAGGUGAAAUUCGAUUAUGUACCUACAGACACCACACCAAGAGAUCGCUGGGUAGAGAAGGGCAGUGAGGAUGUACGGUUGAUGAAGCCUCCCUCUCCAGAGUAUCAGAGUCCAGACACACAGCAGGAAGAGGAGGUUGCAGCUGAGCCUUCUACCUCAGACUGCGCCCGAAUUGAGCCAGACACCACCGGUCCCAGCAGCAACCAGGAGACUGUGGAUUUGCUAGUCCAGACGCUCCGGAAUUGCUUGCGGUACUUCUUACCUCCAAAUUUUCCCAUCUCCAAGAAAGAGCUGAGUUCCAUGAGUUCAGAAGAAUUGAUGGCUUUUCCUCUGAAAGAAUAUUUCAAACAGUACGAGAUGGGUCUGCAGAACUUGUGCAAUUCCUAUCAGACUCGUGCUGAUGCCCGGGCCAAAGCCUGUGAGGAAAACCUCCGCAGCUCAGAGAGAAAACUUAAGGAGACAGAGGAAAAACUGCAGAAGCUGAGGACUAAUAUUGUGGCACUUCUGCAGAAAGUGCAGGAGUGCAGUAAAAGUGCAAGAACCUUUUUCCUUUGGCGGUAUGCUGGUAAUCCUGUGCCCAGUUCUUGGCACCAGAACAUCCUCUCCAGCACCUUGUACCUGAUGCCUCUUCAGAUAAAGAAAGGAAAAAUCUAGCAACAACUUAAUGGAAACACCUACUCUGAGGCCUUGAGUGACUGAGCAGAAGCUGGAUGGGGCUUGGACCCUCAGGGCUAUGGUAACUGGGCCAUAGGAGGCUCAGAGCUAGGGAUUCUAACUACACAAGGAGAUCGGUGCACACAUUCUUCAUUGAUGGGAUGGGGUGUGAACCUUAAGGACGCUGUAGCUGAGCAUGGAUGGUGGGGUCUUCAGAGCCCUCAUUACACAGCCAUAGGAUCAAACAGGGGGAAUGGGGCUCUGUUAGCAGGCCUAGGAAGCUUAGACCUGCUGAUGCUUUAAUGGUGGGGGGCUGGGGAGAGGCUCUCAGUGCUGGGAUUGAGCCUGCUGGGGUCCUGGUACCUUGUGAUUUCUCAGGGCAGGGAAGUGCAAGGGUUAAAGUGCAAGGUUUCUACCACUUCUACAGCCCCAUAUUGCACGUUCUUCACCAGUGCUGCCAUUGUUUGAGAUGUGAAUUGUGAGGGGCAGAUGGACUCCCUGACUAGCUCAAAAUAAAGCUGACCCUGUGUUCUAA